GCUGCUUAUCUGGUCGGUACCAUGUCAACACAGGAAGAGGGAUCCGCGUGUGUGUGCUGGUGCAGCGAAUUCAGCCCGCAAAACCGACUUUGGUGAUGGACAAGACCGCCGUGGUGAAGGUCGGGGCGGUGGCCAGCGCCAGUGUGUGCGCCCUGUUCGGCGGGGUGGUCCUGGCCCAGUACAUUUUCACCAAGACGAAGAGAGCCGGAAAGAAAACGAAGAUCAUCGAAAUGAUGCCCGAGUUUGAGAAGAGCACGGUCCAUAUCAGAGACCCUGAGAGGGUGGAGCGGGUCAUCUGCGGCAUGAUCCAUGGAGGGGCCUCCAAACUACAGAUCAUCACAGAUUUUGACAUGACGUUAAGCAAAUUUGCAAUCAAUGGAAAACGCUGCCCCACGUGCCACAAUAUCAUUGAUAACUGUAAGCUGGUCACCGAAGAAUGUAGAAAAAAGCUGCUUCAUCUGAAGGAGACCUACUAUCCUAUUGAGAUAGACCCGCAUCUGACCAUGGAAGAGAAGUACCCAUUCAUGGUGGAGUGGUAUUUUAAGUCUCACUCAUUACUGGUGGAGCAGCGGUUACAGAGAGAUAAACUACCUGAGGUUGUGAGAGAAUCAGACGUUAGCCUGCGGGAGGGGUACGAGCAGUUCUUCGACCGGCUGCAUCAGCACAACGUUCCUGUGUUCAUCUUCUCGGCGGGCCUGGGGGACGUGCUGGAGGAGAUCAUCAGACAGGCUGGAGUUUACCACCCCAACAUCAAAGUCGUCUCCAAUUUCAUGGACUUUGACGAGAAUGGCAUUCUGAAAGGUUUCAAAGGGGAGCUGAUCCAUGUGUACAACAAGCACGAUGGUGCACUGAGGAACACGGAAUACUUCAAGCAGCUGAAGGAUAACGGCAACAUCAUCCUCCUUGGAGACUCGCUGGGAGACCUCACUAUGGCCGACGGUGUUCCAAACGUGGAAAACAUGCUUAAAAUUGGCUUUCUCAACGAUAAGGUGGAGGAGCGCUUGGAGAAAUACAUGGACUCUUACGAUAUCGUUCUGGUGAAGGAUGAAACCCUUGAAGUGCCCAAUUCCAUUUUGCAGAAGAUUUUAUGACUGUCUAACACCGGGUCUCGUGCAGCCCCCAGUGGAAAGACUCACAGCCACUUGUUACUGGAUCACCAGUCACUGGGCUAACACCAGCUCUGUGGCCCGUCUGCCACCUCUCACACACGCACACAAGCCACACACCCCACUCACCAUGAUCUUUUAAUAUCACGUUUUCUCUUCUAAAUGAACUGUUUGAAACCUCCAUCAUUUCUAUGCCUUUGUUUGCUUUGGGUCGUAUUCAGUUACUUUUACCUUAGAUAAAUGAAAACCAAACACAUAUAUAUAUAUAUAUAUAUAUAUACACACAUACAAGUGAAUUCAUUCAAUUUGCACAUUCUUCUAAAUGUUAAUGUUCAUUAUUUUUGAUAUUGUAAGGUUUAUAUUCAGUGUAUAAAGUUUGCAGUAAUAAAUGUCAUGGUGAUGUCAUUGACCCAGGCCCAGCUAGCAAUUCAACAGUGCUGGCUUUUUCUUUUAAAUGCUGUUAUAGGAGUCAUUCUGUGACAAGCACAUGGAUUGAUUCCAGGGCCUACCAUGAUGUCUAGGUUUACAUCUGUCAGUAUGGUUGAUACAUGAGAGUCAUUGAUAUUAUCCCAUAGCAAUACAAUGUUUUGAACAAAAACAGUAACGAAUGUAUUGUGAAUUUUUACUUUUAUUGCAAAGAAAGCUUCAUGUCGAGGUGCAAACUUGGGCCUGUUUUUCGGUGUUGGUAUUUAUACUACCUCUGAAAGGAGCAGUUCAUCUAAAAAUGCUAACGUAUCGAAUUAAGCUUUUAUUAGAAAUGAUUAUUAUUAGAAAUGUCAGCACUUUUCGGUGAGCUGCUCCUUCAAACGAUUUCCUGUGAGGUGGAUUUGCCUGUAUCUGUUUGACUUGCACUUGUGUCGAUAAAGUCGUCUUUUAAGUUUUAAGACCUGUUGUAUAUGUGCUGCUAACUUGCAUGUUGCCUUUUUUUUGUCCAUGAAAUGAAGUGAAAGGGAGAAAUUGUCAAUAAAUGCAGGCAAUAAUGACAAACA